AGGAGACAGAACAGUAAUCGCAAUCAUAGCAGAAUAGACGAAGAAACACCACCCAAGCCCAAGUAAACAAGUUCUUAAAAAAGAGUUCUUGAAAUAAUUAAGUUCCUAGAAAUGGCAAAAGCCCCAAUCUUUAUCUCUCUCAACAUGACAAGCCAUUUUCAUCCAGUAUGACAGUAUAUAACUAACUGAGCAUCAAAGCUAGAGAUAAAACCCAAUUUGAACUCUCCCUUCUUUGUUGCCAAAAAAAAAAAAAAAAAAAGGUACUUGUUUAUAUAUGUAUAUAUAUAAAUAUCAAAGAACAGUCGAAUCCCUGUGUUAGAAGAUUGAAGGGCUAAAACAAUAGCAAGAAGAAGAGAUGGGGAUUCUAUACGACGACGUAGUGAUCAUCAGACAUUCCGAGAAAGAAGGAGAUCCAACUGUAAUUACUGUUAACUGUCCCGACAAGACUGGCUUGGGUUGUGACCUCUGCCGCCUCAUCCUUUUCUUUGGUUUGAGCAUUGCCAGAGUUGAUGUAUCUACAGAUGGGAAAUGGUGCUACAUAGUGUUCUGGGUAAUUGGGAAGCCAACUACAAGAUGGGCUUUGUUGAAAAAGAGACUAGUAGAAGUAUGCCCUUCUUGUUCUUCAGCUUCUGGGAUAUUGUUUUACCGAUCCGAAUUGCAGCCUCCCAAGCCUCCUGAUGUGUUCCUUUUAAAGUUCUGUUGCUACGAUCGAAGAGGCCUCUUAAACGAUGUUACACAGGUUCUUUGCGAGCUUGAGCUUACUAUAAAGAGAGUGAAGGUAUCGACCACACCAGAUGGGCGAGUGAUGGACCUGUUCUUCAUCACAGAUACGAGGGAACUUCUACAUACAAAAAAGAGACAGGAGGAUACAUAUGACCAUUUAAAAGCUGUUUUGGGGGAUGCCAUGAUAAGUUGUGACAUAGAAAUGGCUGGCCCUGAAAUCACUGCAUGUUCACAACGGCCUUCAUUUCUUCCUCCUGCAAUCACAGAAGACAAGUUUAACUUAGAGAUUCUUAAUGAGCGGCAAAGUGGAUUGCUCACUUCCAACAAUGUAUCCAUCACAAUGGAUAACUUGCUCAGUCCGGCUCACACGCUUGUCCAAAUUGUUUGCCUAGAUCACAAAGGUCUCCUUUACGAUAUAAUGAGAACUUUAAAGGAUUACAGUAUCCAGAUUUCGUAUGGGCGCUUCACAACAAAACAGAAUAGAAAUUGUGAGCUGGACUUGUUCAUCAUGCAAGCAGAUGGGAAGAAGAUUGUUGACCCUAGCAAGCAAAGUGCAUUGCGCUCUCGUCUUCAAAUGGAACUAAUUCGCCCCCUUAGAGUAGCUCUGGUGAACCGCGGUCCUGAUACAGAAUUGCUGGUAGCAAACCCUGUGGAGUUAUCUGGGAAGGGCCGGCCUCUCGUUUUUUAUGACAUCACCUUUGCUCUCAGGAUGCUCAACAUUGGCGUCUUUACGGCUGAGAUUGGGAGGCACAUGAUUGGAGAUCGGGAAUGGGAGGUUUACAAAGUUUUACUUGAUGAAAGGGAUGGUUUAUCUAUUCCAGGAAACAAGAUCGAGGAAGCAGUUUGGAAAAUGUUAAUGGGUUGGGAGUGAUGAAGACUGGAGAUAGUAUUUCUUCGGGACUGCAACAUGCUCUUUCAACCUCUGUACAGUAUACUUCUGCUUGGCUAAAUAUUUUCUAGAUGUAUAUAUGUGAUAUAUAUAUUGUGAAAAGAUGAGCCAUACCACGUUUUAGUCAACGACCUUUGUAAGACUAGCAUACUAGUAUAAAUUAUGAGUGAAAGUCGGUAGCAUUAUGUAUAUGAAAGCUGUAGCUAGAGGGAAUUAUGGUGUCAUAUCAUUAAUGUUGGAUCGAAUCAUGCUGUCCAACGCCACUUCCUCUUUGUAAACGAGUUCUGUAUGUAUGGCAUCGUGCACAAGAGAAUGAAGGUUUGUAGUUUAAAACUGACAGGGACACCAAAGUGUUAGCCUGUAUAUGAAUGAAGUAACAGUUUCUCUACAUCUAUGUAAUUUUGUUAUUCGGAUCAACCACGAACAAUCUUGUACGUGUAUGUGUAAUUUUUUUCUUGAAUAAUUUCUUGUGUCCCUUUAAUGACAUCUCAAAAUACCCUCUGAACUCCUCCAAUGUACCGGAAAAGUUCUCGCAAGUGAUGAAGAAAUUCUCAGGUUAAUAACACCCUUCUUCAGGAUAAUGCAUCUUUCAAUUGUUUGUUGCUCUGUUCUAUCCCUCCCAAGCUGUAAACAUUGGACUUUAUCCUGGAAUUUGCCCUGCAUGGAUGGAAUUAUCAAUGCAGUAUGCACUAGUUUCCCGGGCUUUUUCUUGA